AUGGGCGAAUGGUGUGCGACGAAUUUAAGAGAUAUAGAGGGCUGGAAAGCGAGCGGUUUGCCGAUGACGACCACAUCGAAUGAGUGCGCUCGAAUGUUUGACGCGACUUUACGACAAUUGUUAAGUUGGAUAAAAUGCGAGCAACUCGGCGGCAUCGAUCACACGAUGACACAAAUGAGCGCCGCUGAUCCGGAAGCUUUGUUACCGCGUUGUUUCACGAUCGCUCUCCAAUCCCUUUCCACUUCUCACACGCCACGCGUUGAUGUCGAAUAUAAAAAACAAAUCGAUAAAUUGAUAGCAGAUUCCGAAAAAAUGGGAACAGAGAGAGAAAAACUGCAUGCACAAGGAGCAGCGUUGUAUGCGAAUGGCGAAAUGCGAAAAGCGACCGAGGUUUGGGAAAGGAUUCUCAGCGAUCAUCCAAAUGAUUUAAUGGCGCUCAAGUUUGCACAUGAUGGGUAUUUCUUUAUGGGCGACUCGACGAACAAGCGAGACAGUGUGGCGAAAGUGAUCGAUCGAGUGCGGAAAGAUGAGCCGUGCUAUAGUUACCUCCACGGAAUGUACGCUUUCGGUUUGGAGGAGUGCGGUCAGUACAAAGAGGCCGAGGAGCAAGCGCUGAAAGGACUAAGCCUUCAAAAGCAAGAUUGUUGGUCAACACAUGCACGGGCACAUUGCAUGGAAAUGAAUGGCAGGACAAAGGAGGGAGCUCGCUUCUUGGAGGGUACGGUGGCUGAUUGGGAGCCAUGCUACAUGUUGGCCACUCACAACUAUUGGCACAACGCGCUUUUCUACAUUGAAGAUGGAGACAAAGAGAGUGUUAUAUCGAUCUUUGACAAACAAAUCGGUCCUCGACAAGCGAAAUCGCAUGGACUUUUGGAUUAUGUUGAUGCGGCGUCGAUUUUAUGGCGAUUAGAGUUGGAGGGGUUCGAUGUUGGGAAACGGUGGAAAGAUCUUUUCUCAAUCGAUAAACACUUGGAUGAUCACGUGAUCGCUUUCAAUGAUGUUCAUUUUGGACCGGCUCUCAUCCGACGGAAAGAGCCCGAGAAAGAAGAGAAAUUGAGGGAAAGUCUUCGAAAUUUCAUUACCACCUCAUCCGGUGACAAUCGACGAGUGAGCGAGCGCGUUGGGGCACAGCUCUUCGACGGGAUGCACGCUUUCGCCAAUGAGAGAUUUGACGAGGCCGCUCGUCUCCUACUCCCAAUCCGCGAUCAAAUCGUCACAAUUGGCGGCAGUGCGGCACAGAGAGAUGUUUUCACGCAAACCCUUCUCCACGCCUGUCUAAACGCCCGUGACAAGCAGCUUUUCCACGAGGGAUUAAUCGUUUUGGCUGAACGCGAUCGACUAAAGAAAAACUCUGGGGUUUCAGCACGAUUGGCUGAGAAAUUCAAGGAGCGAAUGAGGGCGUGUCUU